UAAUCAGUUCUAUAGUUUUUCAAAUAUUUUAAUAUAACUGCAAUUAUUGUUGUAUCAAAUUACGUACUGGAUUGAGAAUUAACUACCAACAACAUGGUCUCGUGUCAUAAUUUUAAUAAUUAUCUAUCAAUUGCUACUAUUAGUUUAAAUACAAUUCUGAUCGCAGCUGGGCAUUCUGAGCUUAAAAUAAUUAAUGUGGUAUUUAGACAUGGUGAUCGAACACCCGAUAAUAAUGGUCGCGAAAUGUUUCCAAAUGAUCCGUAUGUAAAUUAUUCCUUCUAUCCAACGGGCCUUGGACAAUUGACAAUAGAGGGCAAGAAACACGAAUACAGAUUGGGCAAAUUUUUGCGCUCUAGAUAUAAUGACUUUCUUGGCAGUUUGUAUACGCCAAAAAUUCUUAUAGCUCGUAGUUCGGAUUAUGAGAGAACGAAAAUGUCUCUACAACUUGUUCUCGCUAGUUUGUUCCCACCAAAAAGUGUACAACGAUGGAAUCCUCUUUUAAAUUGGCAACCAAUCCCGACAUUGUAUGCUCCACGUGUCGAUGACAAUAUUAUUCUUGCCGACGAGUGUCCACAAUACCUCGAGGAAUACAAUCGAAUAGUGAACUCGCCUGAAGGGCAAGAAAAGAUCGGCCAAUUCAAGGAUUUGAUGGGCAACUUAACAAAAUUAACCAACAAGAAAAUAGAGACGGUAGAGGACCUUUACUUUCUUUAUCACACUUUCGUAGCCGAAUCUUCUUUAGGCUUGAUCCUUCCUGAAUGGGCAUAUGACUAUUUUCCUUAUGGUCCAUUAUUUGACGGAAUUGUAGCUGCAUAUAAUAUUAGUAACUUUACUCCUUUAAUAAGAAGGUUAUUCGCUGGUCCAAUGAUCCGUGCCAUGACGGACAAUAUGAUAGCUGCACAAAAUCCGAAUAUUGCGUUGAAUACAAAGAUUUAUUUAUACAGUGGUCAUGAAACCAAUGUUGCAAGUAUGUUGCACGCGUUUGGUGUGUAUAAGCCGCAUGUACCUGAAUAUUCUAGCGCAGUUAUUUUGGAAUUGCAACAGAUUGAACAAGAGUACUAUGUGAAACUUGUGUAUUAUCGAGGCAUUCCACCAACUGCCAAAGACCUUAAAAUCCCAGGUUGUGAUAUACUGUGUCCUUUUGAUACGUAUUUGGAUUUAAUUAACGACUUGAUCCCAUCUGACGAAGAGAUGAUUUGCGACAAAAGACAGACUCCCAGUUACGCUGGCACGGAAUAUCCUAUAACAUUAGGUGCUGACAACAUGGUCUCACUUCACAUAUUCGAAAAUCAUUAUUUGUCGAUCAGUCUAGUCAUCGGCUUAAACGUUAUUCUAUUAACAGUUGCACAACCGGAGCUUAAGUUAGUUAAUGUGGUAUUUAGACAUGGCGAUCGGACACCUGACAAUGGAUAUGAAAUGUAUCCAAAUGAUCCGUAUUUAAAUUACUCUUUCUAUCCAGAAGGCUUAGGACAGUUGACCAUUACGGGGAAGAUGCGCCAAUAUAAAUUAGGACAAAUUUUGCACAGCAGAUACAAAGAAUUUUUAGGAGAUUUAUAUCUGCCAAAACUCGUUGUAGCUCACAGUUCAGAUUAUGAUAGAACGAAGAUGUCUCUCCAAUUGGUUCUUGCUGCCUUGUUUCCGUCAAAUGUUCGACAACAGUGGAAUCCUGUAUUAAAUUGGCAACCGAUUCCAACGUCGUAUGUGACACGUGUUAACGAUAAUUUCUUCUUGCCUGACGAGUGUCCACAAUAUCUCAACGAAUAUGAUGGAGUACUGAAUUUGCCCAAAACGCAGAAACAAAUGUCUCAAUUCACGAAUCUGAUGAAUGAAUUGACGAAGUUAACCGGCAAGAAGAUCGAGAAGCCUAUUGAUUUUUAUUAUUUGUAUCAUACUUUCAUGUCGGAGUCAUUUUUAAACCUGACUCUUCCUAAAUGGGCGUAUGAUUAUUUCCCAGACGGUCCACUAUUCGAUGCGAUCAUAGCUGCAUACAAUAUUUCAAAUUCUACUCCUACAUUAAAAAGGCUGUAUGCUGGCCCAAUAAUUCGUACUAUAUGGGAAAAUAUGCUAGCUGUUCAAAAUGCGAGCUCAAAUACGAAAAUUUAUUUAUAUAGUGGUCACGAAACUAACAUUGCAACAUUGUUGCACGCGUUCAACGUGUACAAACCCCAUGUACCUGAAUACUCUAGCGCAAUUAUUCUAGAAUUAUUACAACAAAAUGAUCAGUAUUAUGUAAAGAUUUUACAUUAUCAAGGUAUUCCACCGAUCAUUAACGAGCUUAAAAUUCCAGAUUGCGAAACUAUUUGUCCUUUCAACAAAUUUUCAGAUAUAAUUCGAGAUUUACUUCCAUCUGAUAAAGAAAUGGUUUGCGAUAAAAGGCAGACUCGAGAUUACGCAGAUACAGAAUAUCCUGCUACCUUGGAGACCAAUGUAUACAAUUUAAUAAUAAAUAAAUCGUCGACUUUAUCAUGUAACUAGAUAAUAACGACAACAUAUAUC